CUGACGCUGGUGCUGGUGGCUGUCGUGGCCUUUCUGUGCAUCUACCUGGACGUGCUGUGGUACAUGCGUAUGACGUGGCAGUGGACACAGACGAAGCGGAGAGCUUGGCACAACCACCCUGAAGAGCAGGAGACGGGUCUGCAGUUUCACGCGUUCAUUUCCUACAGCGAGCGUGAUUCGUUGUGGGUGAAGAACGAGCUGAUCCCAAACCUGGAGAAGGGGGAGGGCUGCGUGCAGCUGUGCCAGCACGAGAGGAACUUUAUCCCCGGGAAGAGCAUUGUGGAGAACAUCAUUAACUGCAUCGAGAAGAGCUACAAGUCGAUCUUUGUGUUGUCUCCCAACUUUGUGCAGAGCGAGUGGUGUCACUAUGAGCUGUACUUUGCCCAUCACAAAUUAUUCAGUGAGAACUCCAACAGCUUAAUCCUCAUUUUACUGGAGCCGAUCCCUCCGUACAUUAUCCCUGCGAGGUAUCACAAGCUGAAGGCUCUCAUGGCCAAGCGAACCUACCUGGAGUGGCCAAAGGAGCGGAGCAAGCGUGCCCUUUUCUGGGCUAACCUG